UAGCUGAACUUUAAACUAUUGACAAUUCGAAAUCCGGUUUACUUACAACCAAGAUACUCGGGUUUUACCGCGUUUUAACAAAACCGGCGAUGUGAUCAGACAAGACUUCGCAAACUCAAGAUUGACGCAUGAUGGGUGUUUGGCAGCCAGCGACUAACCUUAAAGAUUAUAUAUCCCAUAAUCCUCCAGGGGUGACAUUUUUUCUAUGUCUAUUGACUCUGGCUAUCUCCUUCAUCUGCCUCAGCUCUUACAGCUACACUCACACUCUGCCUAACCCUGACACAGCAAAGGACUGGAACCAUCUACUAUCCUCCUUAUCACAGUUCCAGCUGUGUGUGAAGUCAAAUUCAUCUGAGCUUGUCUCACCAGUUCCCUCUCCUCUGAUGGAGCAGGAAAAGCAUAUAGAAACUUUAGUUAACUCGACAAAGACUUCUUCAGUCACCCCUUUGCAUCUCAAGGUUCCUCUGGCUGUGACUGCCAGCUCAGCCAGUGGCUCUAUGAAAGACUUAAGUCUGCAGACUACCUUGGAAGCCAGUCAGCUACAUCUUGGAGGAAAUGAGAUUGUUGAUGUGACUUUAGAGUUUUUACCUGGAAAUAGUACCCACACCUGCCUCACCAUUAGUGCCCCAACACACCUUCUGCCUAUGAGCCUACUUCCUCCGGAAUGUCCUGCAUUUGAGAAAAAUAUUUCACCCAUCCGUGUGGAAGUGAGCAACCAGCUGCCUACAGCAUCACAAACCUGCUACAGUUUACACUCCACGAAUGACCCUACGCUCACAGUCAUGUUAACACAGGAGGAGCAGAGUGUGGCAGUGCAUCAUCUGUUGGAAGUCAGUGUGUGUCUGCUCGGAGUUUGUGUGAUGCUCUGUUUAGCUGCUAGUCUGACACGUUCACUCACACGCCGCUACCACUGGAAUGGACUGGAUCUACAAAAUGACCCAUUGAUUGACACCUGAACAUUUCUCAUCCUCUGCAUCUUGAAGAGAUCAGUUGGUGGCUGAGAGAAGAGCCAUAUGUAUAACUGCAUUUAAAGGGGCCAACUUAAUGAAUGUGCAAUACUAAAUCAGUGGAGCAUCCCUGUUAGAUAUGAGAAAUGUGGUUGUGAUAAAGAAGGAAUAUAUUUUGUUAUUGGACCAUGGUGUAAUGGGAACAACUCUUCAGCUGGUAUUGGCUACACUGUUGACUGGUGAUACAUUCACUCCCCAGUCUGUUAUGUACAGUACAUUCCAAGAGUCGUUUGCUGUCUGAACUGCCUUGUUUAUUUGAGUUCCUACAUUUCCCAGAAUUAUUUUCAGUAACUAAAAUUGACAUUACCUGGUUGCAUUCGACUGAGUGAGGACUUGAUAUACCGAGAAGUGUUUGUCUAGUUAAAAAUCUAAAUUUAAUAUUGUUUUAAACUCAAAGUAGUAGUGUAAUACUGUAUGCUGAAUUCCUAUCAGCAGGUGUACUAUGCUAGUAUUGCAUAUUUUACCACUUUAAUUUACAUGUCUGACAUUGAAACCUCAUUCAACCUAGAUGCCAUAACUACAGAUCCACAGUUUGAGUGGUGUUGCCCCCUACGGAACAAUCUGAUGAAUCAUAAUUUGCAUAACAGUAGAAAUGUUAAGAGUUAGUGUUGAAGAAACAUUGAAAUGUUUCUAGCUCUUGCUGUUUAUAAGCCACAGAUGGCAUUCAAAGGACAAAAAGAAAAUGGGCUUAACAAUUGUUGAAGUUCUUAUGACACGGGCGAUUUGUUAAAUAACAAAGAGCACACUAAGAACACUAAAGUGUGUGCAGUGUUAUGAACUGACUGGUCCUCUAGACACAGUGAAUGUUUGUGUCCAGGAUUUUCUGCACUAACAACUCAGGAACAGGUGAUUGCUUUCAAGAAGGCAUCUUAACGGUUUAGUAGUAGUAAUUAAGUAGUAAUUAAACAUUAAUGGUGAAAGAUAUAAAUACUAGUUUCCUAUUGUGAAUGUGACUGGAGUUAAUGGACUUUUUUGGAGUGUGCGAGUAACUUAACAUCUGGUGUGUUUGAGUUUGUGCUCAGUGAAGAAAAGCAAUUGAUGUAACACUUUAGACUUGAUGCACACACACAUGCAUGCAAAACUGGUAUUAAUAAACAUUUGCAGUCACUGGUUUGGAUAACAAUGAACUUUUAAUUAGUGACUUGGCUUCAGGAGCUAGGACCAGCAAUCAAAGGAGAUGGAAUUUAUAUGUGUCAUUUUAAUUUUUUCUUUUAAGAGACCAGAAAAUAAAUACCAUAAUCUAAAUGCCUAUUCUACUCUUCCAAAUAACUGCUUAUGUAGGUAUUAGAGUAUUGUUUUUCUGUGUUCCUGGAGGGCCUUGGGUUUUGGUCAUUUCGGUCCUCCAUGGUGCCAUAUGGAAGUGAACUUGUAGAGACUUGGUAAUUUGCUUCACAUCUCAUGAACAUCACGCCUGGUUUCAAUUUCCCAAAGCUACAUUAGUGUGUAGGAAAGAAAAAUGAUUUCACCACCAAAUCUUUCUACAAAGGAUUGAACAACAAAGGUUAUGGUGCUGAUCAGGAAGAGUUAAACAGGCCUAUAUUCUCAAUUAUGAUAAACACACAAUAAACAUUUUGAUCAUC